UUAUCUACCUAGAGGCUCAAGAAACUGCCAUUGUAGUUGAUUUCUGCAUGCGCUUGCUUCAGCUUUACUCUUCUCACAAUAUUGGCAAGAUAUCUGUAAGUCUUUCAAGCAGCCUACUGAGUGAAGCAAAGACUGAGAUGUAUAAGGAUUUACGUGCUCUUCUUCAACUAAUAGCAAAUCUCUGUUCAAAAGAUAUGGUCGACUUCUCAUCCGACUCCAUUGAGACACCAGGAACAAGUAUAUCUCAGGUUGUUUACUUUGGUCUUCACAUAGUUACCCCUCUGAUAUCCUUGGACCUGCUGAAGUACCCCAAGCUCUGUCAUGAUUACUUCUCAUUGCUGUCUCAUAUGUUGGAAGUUUAUCCUGAAAUGGUUGCCCAACUAAAUAAUGAAGCCUUUGCUCAUGUACUUGGAACUCUUGAUUUUGGCCUCCAUCAUCAGGACACAGAAGUUGUUGACAUGUGCUUGAAAGUUCUAAAAGCACUUGCUUCUUACCACUACAAGGAGACAAGCAUCGGUAAAAUAGGGCUGGGGUCACAUGCUUCAGGUUUUAAGGAUUCUGAUGGAAAAUUCCAGGAAGGCAUUUUGAGUCGGUUCCUUCGUUCACUGCUGCAGUUACUCCUCUUUGAGGAUUAUAGCACUGAUCUUGUAGGAAUUGCAGCAGAUGCUCUCUUCCCAUUGAUCCUUUGUGAACAAGGUGUAUACCAGAGAUUAGGGCAGGAGUUAGCGGAUAGUCAAGCAAAUCCAACACUGAAAUCAAGGUUGGUAAAUGCAUUGCAGUCCUUGACAAGCUCAAACCAGCUUUCUCCAACCCUUGACCGUAUCAACUACCAGAGAUUCAGAAAGAAUCUACACAGCUUCCUAAUCGAAGUUCACGGAUUCUUAAGGACAAUGUGACUUGUGCAAUUUGAUCUGUAAAAUAUAAGAAAAAGAUUUCUUUUUCCUAUUUUUCAUUUUGUUCUCUAUUUUUUUGUAUGUUUGCUUGGAUUGUUGCAUUCUAGGCAUCAUCUUAAUUGUUGGCUGUGAAUAUUCUUGUCAUUGUCUUUUAUUAAUAUAGUUGAACAAAAUCAAUCAGCAAAAGAAAAAUAGACGGUUACUUAGAGGGUUUUUGUUUUU